UUUGAUCCAAGUACGAACAGAUUCGAUAAGCCAACAUUGGCCAAAAAAACCGGUGAAGCAAUCCAAAAUUGCGCCAUGAUUGUGAAAAAAAUCUGUAUCCGUAAUGGUGACAAUUUAAGAGAAAAGGAUUUGGAUGGCUUCUUAGAGCUUUACAAGGCGGACUGGAGUCGGCAGAUUUCGAACAAAGCCAUACUCAGUAUCAAUGAGGGGAGGUACAAUAAAGGAGCAAUGCUGCCGAACUCGAAUGACAUGAGAAUUCUGGGGGAUUUCCUACAGAAAGAAAGAGAGGCAGCCGUUGAUAAUUUGAAAAGAGAAGCCAACGCACAAACUUAUAAGGCUCUGGUGAAAGUGGCGCUGGCCAGCAUCACAAUAUUCAAUCGUAAGAGAGCUGGAGACGCUCACAGCGUUACUAUCGAUUACUAUGUUAACAAAACGCGUGAGCCUCCUCACCAAGGAGUGCUAGACUGCUUGACUGAGGACGAAAAGUCACUCCUCACCAAGUUUACCAGACUCGAAAGCAGGGGAAAGCAGGAAUCUAAGAUCCCCAUCCUGCUCCCCGAGACUAUGGUAGAGAUGAUAGAUUUGAUGAUAAGUUUGAGAAAUAUUUGUGGGGUGAAGCCCGAGAACAAGUUCCUAUUCGCGGUACCCGGCACUCCCAACUCGUAUUAUCGAUGCUCCGAUGUAAUAAGGGAAAUGAGAAAUAGAGCUGGGACAAAAUACACGGAAAGAAUCACACAACCUCCAUGCGUAAAAAGCAGCCACUCUCGCAGCUGCCUGUGGCUUAACGAGAGAACAAGUAGAAGAGCUGGCUAG